AUGAAAAAAAUCAAUUAACCUUAAUAAAAGACAAAGAGGAAAAUUUAAAAAGUCAAGCUUCAUAAGAAGAAGAAAGAGAAGAUUUCUAUAAUAAAUUAAUAGAGCGAUAAUUUAGGUUAGAUAUUAGAAAGAAAUAAAAAUUAAGAGAAGAAUUUGAAGAAAAAAAGAAAAUUGAUAAAUUCAAACUUAAAUUCAGAGAAAUCAUUAAUAAAUAGAGGCCUUUCAUUAAUGCGCAAAGGAAAAUUUGAGGAAUCAAUAAUUUAAUUUGAUGAAGCAAUUAAACUUAAUCCAAAAAAUGAUGAAGCAUAAGCGCUGCAUUAAUUGAAUAAAACAAAUUCGAAAAAGGUUUAUAAUCAGCAAAUUAAGCCAUUAAAUCAAACCCUAAAAAUGAUGAAGCUUAUAAUAAAAAAGGCAUUUAAUUAAAUAAUUUUAGGUGCUGCUUUAUUUCAUCUUAAUAAAUAAAAAGAAGCAGAGUUGUAAUUUUAAAAAGCAAUUAGUCUAAACCCAAAAAAUGAAUUUGCAUAAUUUAAUAUGGCUAAUUUGCUAAGAGAAUGCGAUAGACAUAAGGAAGCAAUUGAAUAUUAUAAUCACGUAAUUUAAAUAAAUCCAAGUGACAUCGAAUAUUAUGUUGAAAAAGCAUUUUGUUUACAAGCACUGAAGAAGUAUCACAAUGCCAUAGAAUGCUUUAACUAAGCGCUUUCUCUGAAUCCAGAUGAAGAAUUAACCUAAACUUUAUUAAUGAAUAAAGGUACAAUAAAGUGUGAACGUUAGGUUUUUCAUUAGGUUGCAUUUAAUAAUUUGAGGAGGAAUUAGACUGCUACUAAAAAGUUGUCAAGGUAUAACCCUAAACAUAAAGAAGCUUAAAAAUUAAUAAACAAUUUUAAAUUAAAAAUCAAUAAUAGCAAUAAGGCUUAUGAUAAUGGAACCUAAUAAAACAAAAAAUAGAAAAUAAAACAACUAGCAAAGCAAAAAAUCUGA